AUGGCGUCAAGUUAUUCACCAAGAAGCCAAUUUGAGAAAACAAGAAAUUAUAUGGCUUGCCAACAAGCUAUACUCAUUGGCUUACUUAAUGAAGAGUUCAAAGUAACUAUUCAAAAGCCAGUUAAAAAGGCUUCUGUUACACAACAAUAUUUAAAUAUUAGAUUAAUUCAAAGAAAAAAUGAUGUUAUAGAAAUAGAUCAUUUUGUAGAAGAACGAUGUGCUGAAAGAAAAGAACAUGACAUUAAUUCUGGUGUAUCUAUAAGUGCAGCAAAACAAAGGGUAGGAAAAAAUAAAAUUACAGAGCUAAAUUUAUUAUUAAUUGAUAUUCUUAAUAUGUUAGGGUACACCUUCACAACAACUACAUCAGAAGGGAAAAAUGGUGCAAUGAAAAAUGAAAGUAUUAAAAGUGUUUAUAGAAAUGGGAAAUAUUUAUGUGGUAAAGAGGGUAUUGUUAAUAUUGGAAAAAAAAUAAAUAAAUAUCUUUGUGAAUUAAUUGAAAAAAAUAAUGAAAUUACAAUUGAUUAUAAUGAUAUUUCCUUAAGAGAAUAUAUCAAUAGUUUGGUAUCUUUAUAG